GGCCACAUCGGCGGUCUCCUACGUGGCUGUGGUUUGCAAGCCCGAGGAGCAGUCAGCGUAGUAGUCGGCUUCUAUGCAAUCGGUGUCCCUCUCCUUUUUAUUCUCGGCUUUAUGCUCCAUAUGGGUAUUGUUGGUUUCUGGCUCGGUUUGGAUAUUGCAAUUGCAUUCGUCUGCGUGCUAUUUUUCAUAAUGAGCAACUGUCUGAAUUGGAGCGUUAAAGCUGAUAAGGUUCAAGCUGUCAUGGGAAAUGCAGGUGACUCUGUCAUAUUUGACAGGAGCUCUUACAUAAAUCCCGAAACGACACGUAACUUGGCCAUUAAGCUGUUUUAUGAGGCAAACAUCUUUUAG